UUGUUUUUUGAUUAUUGAGGAAGAGAAAAAUCAAUGAAAGAAAAAGAGGGGAAAAAGAAAUAAAUGUUGUGGAUAUGUCUGUGUUUGUGUGGGCUUGACAACAAGGCAUAUAGAUGAACCUGAGUACAGCAUCUUUUUCGAAAACUUCAUUUCAUUUAAGGCAAAGCAAGAUAGCUUUUAUCUCUAGCUAGCUAGCCAACCAACCAUGGGUUGAUAUAUACUUCUCUCUAUACAUAUCUGUUUCUUUCUUUUUCUCCAUAUGUGUUGUUUUGAUUUUAGCUGCUUUUAUAUGUAGUUGAGAUUAUUUAUAUCUUUCUGGUUUUACUUUUGAUUAAUUUGCAUAUCUGGGAGUUUGAGAAGAAUUUGUUUUUGAAUUCUGAUAUAAGAUUUGCAAGGUUCUCAAAUUGCAUGUGGAGUUGCUAAUUUUUGGGCUGCAGAGAUUUCCAAUUGAAUAUUGAGGGCUCUGAUUGAUUAAUUAGUACUUGGAAAAGAAGAAGAUAAAAUAAAGGGAUUGGAUUCAAUGGCAGCUUCUUCAUCAGCAGCAUCUUUUCUUGCAAUGAGAGAUCAAGAUCAGAAUCAAAUGAAACAACCAUCUUCAUCAACCGCUCCACCGCAGAAGAAAAGAAAAAAUCAGCCUGGAAAAUCAAAUCUAGAUGCAGAGGUGAUAGCACUAUCUCCCAAGACCCUAAUGGCUACAAACAGGUUUGUUUGCGAGGUCUGCACCAAAGGGUUUCAAAGAGAGCAAAACCUUCAACUGCACAGAAGAGGACACAAUCUGCCUUGGAAACUAAGGCAGAAGACAACAAAAGAGGUUAAGCGAAAGGUGUAUUUGUGCCCAGAGCCCACGUGCGUACACCAUGACCCUUCAAGAGCACUAGGAGACCUCACUGGUAUUAAGAAGCAUUACUCAAGAAAACAUGGUGAGAAGAGGUACAAGUGUGAAAAGUGUUCUAAGAAAUAUGCUGUGAAUUCUGAUUGGAAAGCUCACACAAAAACCUGUGGGACUAGGGAGUACAGAUGUGACUGUGGAACUCUUUUCUCAAGGCGUGACAGUUUCAUCACUCAUAGGGCUUUCUGUGAUGCACUUGCUCAAGAGAGUGCAAGAAAUCUUAAUCCAACCUCCAUUAGCAGCCAUUUAUUUGGCAGUAGCAACAUGAGCUUAGGCAUCUCCCAAAUGUCCAGUGGACAAGAUCAAAACCAGCAGCAGGCAUCAGCUGAUUUACUGCACUUGGGUAGUGGAAGAUCUGGUCAAUUUGAUACUCUCAUCGGCUCGACCUUUCAGCCGUCGCAGACUCUGCCUUCUUCAGCUCUCUUCCUGCCCGAAUCGAACCAUGAUAAUCAAUCUUCACACGGGUUGCUGUCGAACAAGUCACUUCAUGGCCUAAUGCAUUUCCCUGAACUUCAGAAAAAUCCCAACGCAUCUUCUUCGUCAACCGCCGGUCUGUUCAAUCUCAGCUUCUUUUCAAACACUAAUGGGAUCGACAAUAACAACAGCAUUGCGAACAGUAAUAACAGCAACAACAUAUCUUCAUCCUUGUUGUUUCCAAAUCAGUUCAAUAAUGGACAUUCCGGUGGCAAUGGAGGCGGAGAAGGAUCAAACCUUUUCUCUGCCGGUAAUCUCUUGAAUACUGAUCAUUUGAGUGCUGCUAUCCCUUCCCUCUACAGCACAUCCCUUCAAAGCCACUCAAUCAAUACAACACAAAUGUCUGCAACUGCACUUCUUCAGAAGGCUGCUCAACUCGGUUCGACAACCAGCAACACCAGCGCUUCAAUCCUCAAAAGCUUCGGCACCUCAUCCUCGAGCGGCACAAAAAGUGAUCAACCUUUUAAUUCAGCGAAUAACUUUGGAAUGGUCUUUGGGGAGAAUAAUGGGAAUAAUUUCAAUGACCUAAUGAAUUCCAUCACAGAUGGAAACUCAUCCAUUUUCGGAGGCGGAUCAGGAGGGGUGAAUACUCAUCCAUAUGGUGGUAAUGCACAAGUGAAUGAAUAUGGAGGAUACAGCACCAAUAAACUGAGCUUUGAGCAGCCAUUGCAGAAACACCACAGUCCAAGUUUCAGCAACUUGGAGCAAGGUAGAUUGACAAGAGAUUUUCUUGGAGUUGGGCUUGUUGGGGAGAUAGUAAGAAAUGUAAGCGGUGGAUUUGGGCAUAGAGAACAGAAACAUGGCAUGGAUUUGAGCUCAUUGGAUUCAGAAGAAAAGACUGCGCAGAAAAGCCAACCUUUUGGAGGCGGGCGUUUUCAAUGAAGAGAAAUAUAUGAACAAGAGAAAGCAUAAAAGUACAGGAAUUUCGAUUUUGUUCAAGGGGAUGCUUGCUUUGUUGAUGGAGCCAAUCCAACUUUGAAGAAGUAGAUGUUUUAGCAGGACAACUUAUUUUAUGUAUAACUUUUGUGGGACUUGUUUUAUGUUUUCUUAAAUUUUCAGACAAAUAGACGAGGGAGGAAUUAAUUCCUAGAAAAAAAUGUGUUGUUUUU